AUGACUCACUUCUACGUCAACAUAUCUCGUGAUCAGGAUCGGCGAGGGCUUCGCAUGACCCCGCCCGGUCUCUUGCUGUACCUCGCCGCUACUAUCACCGAUACCGGGAUUUUUAGAACGAUUGUGCAAGCAGUCUCGGUAUUCUUGACAUAUCCCGCAAUCAUGGAUUCUAAGAAUUUAAACGAUGACCAUCGAAAAUUUGGGAAUCAUUUGCUGAGCUUGGGACGAUUUUGUGUUUUUAGUGCUAUUAGCUAUUGCUGCACAAUCGAAGGUAAGGCGCAAGGGCACUGUGCUGUGCGUGUGCUUGUACGUGGAGCCUUCCAUCGUCUUUAA